AUGUCAGGCAUACCUUUGCAAGACCUCAAGCACGGCAAUGCCACCACAGAGAUUACAAUGUUUCCUGAUGGAGAAGCCGGGGAGACGGUCGAUCCGGUCACUGCGGAAAAGCUGGGAACAAACUACGAUCAGAAGGACAUGCAUCGCAUGGGGAAGCUACAGGAAUUGCGGCGCAACUUCCGCUUUACCUCUAUUGUCGGCUAUGCUGUAAUCUUGGGGGCUACCUAUCCAUAUGCAUUAAGCACUGCCGUUCUUUCCCUCACGAACGGCGGUACCGCUGGCGCAAUCUGGAUGUUUUUGAUAGGCUGCAUAGGAAUGGCUACUUGCAUGCUUUCUAUGGCUGAAAUGGCUUCCAUGGCUCCAACUGCCGGCGGACAGUAUCAUUGGGUCUCGGAGUUUGCGCCAAAGAGAUAUCAGAAGUUUCUCAGCUACAUAGUUGGUUGGCUUUGUGUUCUAGGAUGGCAGGGCACCAUGUGUGCAUCUGCAUACACGCCUGCUGCUCAGAUCCAAGGCCUUAUCGCUCUCAAUCGCGAGUCUUAUUCCUUGCCCGGCUCGCACGCUUGCCUCAUGACGAUCGCCAUUACAAUCUUCUCGAUCUUCUUCAACACCGUCCUACUCCGGAAGCUGCCCUUGAUGGAGGGUAUAUUUUUAAUCAUCUACGUGUUCGGAUUUGUCGCAAUUGUCACUGUCCUAUGGGUUAUGGGUCCCAGGGGUGAUCCAGCUACCGUCUUCACGAAAUUCGAGGACAAUGCUGGAUGGGGCAACACUGGUCUCUCCACAUUAGUCGGUAUACUCGCCCCAGUCGUUACUCUAAUCGGUUCGGACUCGGCAUGUCACUUGUCCGAGGAACUGAAGGAUGCUGCGUAUAUCCUUCCGCGGUCGAUGGCUACUACCGCCGCCAUCAACUACACUCUCGGCUUCAUUAUGGUCAUAACCUUCACAUUCACAAUUGGUGACAUCCAAAGCAUUCUUACAACUCCCACUGGCCAACCCUACAUUCAGCUCUUCCUUAAUGCCACUCAAUCUCGCGUCGGCACCUCAAUUCUUACAAGCCUCGUCAUCCUCCUCCUGCUCUUCUGCGCUAUCAACCAAAUCACAACCACCUCACGCCAACUCUUCGCCUUCGCCCGCGACAACGGCCUCCCGUUCUCCGCCUUCCUUUCGCGCAUCCGACCAGGCUGGGACGUGCCGCUCAACGCGCUGGUCGUAACCUUCGUCGUCGUGUCUCUCGCCUCGCUUAUCCCAAUCGGCUCAGCAAUAGCUUUCAACAUCCUCGUCUCGCUCGGCACCGUCUCACUCCUAGCCUCUUAUUUCGUGGUCAUCGCCUGCAUGAUGCUCAAGCGUGUGCGUGGCGAGAAGCUCCUUCCCUCGCGCUUUAGCCUCGGCAGGUUGGGUAUCUUUAUCAAUGGCUUCGCGCUCGCGUUCCUGGGCGUUGCUUUCGUCAUGCUGUUUUUCCCGUCGGCGCCGCAUCCGACCGUGCAGACCAUGAACUGGACCAUUAUGAUUUUUUGCUCGGUCAUCAUCAUAUCCUUGGUGUAUUAUUUUGUUGUUGGCCGGCAUGUAUAUGUGGGUCCUGUUGAGUAUACCCGGAAGGAUGUGUGA